GAAGUAGACUCGGAUACGAGUCGUUUCCUCACUUUUGUUGUAUUUGUUUACAAUAAUUGUUGAAUAAUGAAUAAUAAAAAUAUUAAAAAUGGACAAACUAACUAUGUUCCUUUGUCUCCUUUAUGUUUUCGAAGGUUACGCAACUUUAUGUUAUGUAUGCAAUUCUGACGAAUUUCCGAGAGCAUGUGCAGACCAUAUUGAUAUGAGGACAAAACCGAUAAUACAACACAUUCAAGAUUGUAAAGGGAGUUGUUUUGUUGGAGUGAUGGCUGAUAAGACAAAUGAAGCUCAUCUUCGAAAGUGUAGCAAUGAACUUACUGGGUGUGAUAAAAAAGAAAGCGGAUUUAUUUGUCAGUGUUCGACUGAUUAUUGUAACCAAAACUUGCUCACGUGUCAUCAACGGAGUAACUGCACACAAGAACUUUUUCCGAUAUUCUAACAAACUAUAAACAAAAAUGUUUGGUAAUACACUAUAUAUGUUUUGCUAUUCUAUGUUGAUAACUAUUAAAUUAAAAUAAAGAAGUAUUAUGAAAUACAUUAA